AUGGCCAUCCGAGGCGUCGAUUUCAAGUGGUACGAUGGGUUCUUCUUGUCUAUGCUCGCGACAAGUGUAGUCAUUGUUGCAAUUAAUUGGAAACGGUACCAUACCUGUAUAUACCCGUUGCACAUAUGGAUCGUGGUUGAUUACACUACUGUGUUUGUUUUUCGGAUGUUGAUGUUUGUGGAUAAUGGGCUUGCCUCUGGAAUGGGUUUGGAUUUUGGCUGGCAGCAGAGAUAUGCUCGUUUCUGCGGAAGAGUAGUGGUCCUUUCAAUUCUUUCUCUGCUACUCUAUCCAUUUCUUUGGACUUGGACAGUAAUUGGUACGCUGUGGUUUAGAAAAUCGAAGGACUGUUUGCCUGAAGAUGGUCAGAAAUGGGGUUUUCUAAUUUGGUUACUUUUUAGUUACUGUGCACUACUUUGUGUUGCUUGCAUGUCGAUUGGGAAGUGGUUGACACGAAGAGAGGCACACUUAUUGCGUGCUCAACAAGGGAUUCCUGUUUCAGAAUACGGGGUUUUGGUUGAUAUGAUUCGGGUGCCAGACUGGGCAUUUGAAGCUGCUGGUCAAGAAACAAGAGGGAUGGGCCAAGAUGCUGCUGCAUACCAACCUGGACUUUACUUGACUCCAGCACAGACAGAAGCAGUGGAAGCACUCAUUCAGGAGCUUCCAAAAUUCAGACUGAAGGCUGUUCCAACUGAUUGCAGUGAAUGUCCUAUCUGCUUAGAAGAGUUCCAUGUAGGCAAUGAGGUUCGUGGCCUGCCUUGCGCUCACAAUUUCCAUGUAGAAUGCAUCGAUGAGUGGCUUCGACUGAAUGUGAAAUGUCCUCGGUGCCGUUGCUCAGUCUUCCCAAAUCUCGACCUUAGUGCUAUAUCCAAUCUCCGUCCUGAAUCUGAGCGGUCAUCUGUCAGCGUGUUGACAGCCAACCGGUAUGUGAGAACCCAACCUUACAGUCAGAGCUAUUUGUUGAGGUUACAGGGUCUGCUCCGCCCAGUCCGUACGGAAAAUGCAGGUGUAGGUCCAUCAGGCAAUGAGGCAGACACUGCUCUGGAAACUGCUGAGUAUGGAGGCGUUGCUCUGUCUACUCGGGAUCCAUCAAGCCCAAGGCCGGUCUCUUCCGCCGGACAUAUUGUUGUUGUUGACUCCACCGCACAACAACAAUAG